CAGCACCAAGAGCAAAUUUCCCUUCGUUGACGUAUUGUGAAGCGGUCGGUUCCCAUUUAGUAUGUUGAUUCGCCUUCGUUCGGGCGCAGACUAGCGACGUCUACAUUUGUUUCAUCGGCAUCCUUACCAUGAUACACGAAGAGUAUAAUUUAUUUACUUCCCCCGAAAGUUACUUCCUCCUCCCUCUGGGUUCCAAGGAGUUUCUGUCCAUUGAUCGUGUAUCUCAGAACAUAACAAUCGAGUUCGAUUUACAAAAACUUCCGCCGACGUUAGAAGCGAAGCGUGUGUUUGGUAUAUGGGGUGUUAUUAGGUUGCUAUCAGGUUUUCAUCUGGUCGUAAUUACUGCGCGCACUAAAGUGGGCGAUCUGUUUGGACACACUGUUUGGAAAAUUACAGGCAGUGACAUUUACCCUUUUGUAAAAUCAACCAUUAAUCUAUCAGAUAUCCAGGUUCAAGAUGAACGUGUCUACUGUCAAAUGCUGAAUACAGCGUUAAGCGUAGAUGGUUUCUACUAUUCGACAACUUUUGAUCUUACUCAGACACAGCAACGACUGUCGGACACAUCACCAGAUUUGAAACAUAGAAGCUUGUUCGAAAGAUGCGAUCCACGCUUCACUUGGAAUCGAUUUUUACUGGAUAAUUGGGCUGAGCAGCUCUCCGCGGCCGCCCUACGUUCAAUCAAUGACGCAUCCAAAGCGUCCACUUGGAAUCGCUUCGCAUACUGCCUCCCCAUUAUUCACGGCUUUGUGGGCAUAAUAUCCGAUGCUAAUGGAGUUAUCGGGCCAGACCAAGCUUGUUACGCUCUCAUUUCUCGUCGAUGUGUGGAUCGAGUUGGUACUCGCUACAAUUCACGAGGAGCGAACCAGCUGGGACAUUGCUCCAAUACGGUGGAAACGGAGCAGUUAUUGGAGAUAGGUCGGGACCGAUUUUCAUUCGUUCAGAUUCGGGGAUCCGUUCCACUGUAUUGGAGUCAAAAGCCAAACUUGCGGUACAAGCCAAGGGUUCUUCUUGGUGGUAGCCAACUCUCCACCCUCUCACUUACCUCGGGUUCAGGACUCAAGGUGGACGAGAGCAGUUUACAAGCCGCGCAAUCAGCAGUAGCGCGGCAUCAUUUCAAUCAGUUAAUUUACAAUUGCGGAUACGGCCGUUUGGUACUGGUCAGUUUAUUAAAUCAAAGUGGCAUGGAACGUCCUUUGGGAAGAGCUUUUGACUUGGUAACUGGGGACCUGGAUGAAAACGAGGUCAGAUACCGAACUUUCGAUUUCCACCGUGAAUGUGGCUCCAUGAGUUGGGAACGUCUCAGUUUGUUGCUAGAGCAGCUCGUUCCCGAUCUUCGUCUGUCGAAACAGUUUCACCUCUCAUUGGACGAUGCAAAGGUGCUUAGUCGACAAACUGGCACUUUCCGAAGCAACUGCAUUGAUUGUUUGGAUCGCACUAACGUGGUACAAUCUAUGCUCGGCUGGUUCGCUUUAGAGCAAGCUCUCAUCUCCAUCGGCUACUUGAAUGAGAAUGCCGCCUCCGUUUCGGCCUCCGCAAGUGCCAAUUCCACACUGGCUCAGUUAUGGCCCGGAUUCGGGCCUCGAUUCCGAAAUCUAUGGUCUGACAACGCAGAUUACUGUUCACUUCAGUACAGUGGAACAAGAGCUUUGAAAACGGAUUUCACAAGGACCGGCAAGCGAACCUUCCGUGGCAUGCUCAUGGAUGCUUAUUAUUCGGCCGUUAGGUAUUACAUGAACAAUUUUUCCGACGGGUUUCGUCAGGAUUCCAUGCACCUGCUCUUGGGGCAGUAUUUGGUGCACGAUGCUGAUGGCACUCCAAAACCGCUCACUGGACCUGGCGGGCGCGGUCGUCGUGGGUCCGGGAACGCUGACACUGAAUGGCGUACACAAUUCCUUCCGCUUGUCUUCACUUUUGCUAUGGCCAUGUCUGUUUUGUGCAUGGUGUUCCCAACAGCCCAUUGGACAGAACAAUUCACUUACGUGUUGUUCUGGGGAUCGGCUUCGAUCCUUUCAGCUUUUGCCAUCUUCGCCUACGGAGAGGAGUUCGUGGACCGACCCCGCUUCUGUCCUGAUUGAGCAGCAGCGUGAAUGGCACCACUUCUCUUCGCCGAUUGUGAUAUUACCGCUCACUCAGUGCACUGUUCCCUACUAUCCAGCCCCAUUCUUGUCUGCUGCUCUCUGUUGCCAAUUAAUUCGUGCGCACUUGAUCACAUUUUUAUAUUUUCGCAUCCGAGUGCUUCCGCUACUGUUUUAUUAUUGCAUGCCGUUUCCUCUACCUUUCCUCUCUUUUGAUCAAUUUUCUCGGGAGAUGUCAAGUCUUGUCUAGCGACUCUUCCCAUACUUGAUAACCGGUUUUAUUUUUUUCAAGGCCAUGAAGUUUGCCUACCACUACUGUUAGGGUUAUUGGAUAAAGUUUGUUCGCCGCCAUCCUGCGAAUAUUUGCCCAUGUUGUUCUUUACUUUGCACGCGGACUGCGUCUGUCUUUGAUUUCCUAUCUAACUCCUGUCUCCCUUAAAUGGGAUUUAGCACAUAUGAAUCACCUUCAUCCGGUGUUUUACUGCUGCUUUCACUCUCCUAGAGGCGAUAGUUACUGGGGUUUCAAACUAACCUACUUUGUUUGAUGUUAUCUUAUUUCCUUGUUUUGCAUGUAACUAUUUCAUCUUCUGAGUGUUUCAGCUGAAUCAUCGUAAGUAAUAGGAAUGCGUUAUCCUUGCACAGUUACUUACCAUCGACCUGUGAGAGGUCAUUAUUUAUAAAUUUUCACAUGUGCA